AAAGGGUGUGUUUUUCCUCCACUGCAGCAUCCAUCAAGGGAGAACAGAGAGAAAGACAGAGAGGAAAGACAGAGUAAGGCGUGUCACCGUACUGAAAGAUAGGAGACUGUGUUCUACCCAAAAUCUUCACAAUACCUGCAAAGGACAGCAGAAGGGUGUCGGCCGUGCCCCUCGUCUCCAGACGCGCUCCAGCCAGUGGCGGGUGUGUGCACGUGAGUGAGUGAGUGUGUGUUCAUGUCGCUGGUUUGAUGCAGAAUGCGUGCAGUGCAGUGUCAGGCGGCCGUUAGAGGGCAGAGCAGAACACAUCUUCACCUGCUGCUGCUGCUCCUCCUCUAUGUGCGACAAACACGCGCAUACAUCCAAAUCCCUCAUGACUUCAGGCAACCUCCAGAGAUCACGACACAACCUGUGUCUCACACUGCUUUCUCUCUGGAUGAUGUUUAUCUGACCUGUGAGGCAAGUGGAGAACCUACACCCAGUUUCCGCUGGUUAAAAGAUGGGACUCAGUUUGGGGAUGUUCUGCAGGGGUCAGGAACCCUCACAGCAAAUAAAACAGAAGAAAUCAGGUUCUACCAGGGCUCAUACCGCUGCUAUGCUGCAAAUGAGCUGGGAACAGCUGUCUCGGACCUGGUGCACCUGAUCACAGAACCCAUCCCAACUUUGGCAAAAGAGAAGCGUCAGAAGAGAAGAUUGUUUGAGGAGGGAAUGAGUGCAGUGCUUUACUGUAACCCUCCAAAGAGCUCUGUCACACCCAAAAUACACUGGAUGGACAUGCAGUUUAGUCACAUCCCUCUGAGUGACCGCAUGACCAUCAGUCUGGAUGGAAAUCUGUACUUUGCCAACUUACUAGUCAGUGACAGCAGAGAUGACUACACCUGCAAUGCUUACUACAUCAAUGCCAGCAUCAUCCUGCCUAAAGAGCCCAUCAGCAUCAGCGUUGCACCCUCAAAUUCUGUGGUGAAGAACCGGCGGCCCCAGCUACAACAGCCAUCAGGAUCUCACAGCUCUUAUCUGGUGCUCAGGGGCCAAACACUGACUCUAGAGUGUAUUCCUGAGGGCCUGCCAACUCCAGUUGUGCACUGGGAGAGGAAGGACAACCCCCGAUUUCCAACCCGAGCAAAGAAGCUGAACUUCGACCGCUGGCUACAGAUUCAGGAUGUGUCUGAGAUGGAUGAUGGAGAGUACGCAUGCACUGCCAGGAACAGCCAGGGCUCCGUCACACACUACUACACCGUCACUGUCGAAGCUGCUCCAUACUGGACCAAGAGACCUGAAGUCCACCUGUAUGCCCCAGGAGAGACUGUGAGACUGGACUGUCAUGCUGAGGGUAUACCCACCCCAAACAUCACAUGGAGCAUCAACGGUGUUCCCAUUACAGGGACCGAUCUGGACCCGAGACGGCGUGUGAGCUCUGGCAGUCUGAUUCUCACAGACGUUCAGUACAGUGACACAGCAGUCUAUCAGUGUGAAGCCUCCAAUAAACACGGCAACAUCCUCAUCAACACUCACGUCCAUGUCGUCGAACUGCCUCCUCAGAUACUGACGGCAGACGGACUCGUGUACAGAACAAUGUCUGGUCAAACCGUUCUGCUGGAGUGCAGAACAUUCGGUUCCCCCAGACCCAAAGUGGACUGGGAGAUUUUAGAGUCUGGUCCAGCUCUGUCUAAUGCUAGAAUGUCUCAGUCAACCAAUGGAAGUCUAGAGAUCAGUGACGUGACUGAAGACGACAGUGGCAUUUACACAUGCUCUGUGAAACACAGUAACCUGACCAUCACUGCCGAGCUGCAAGUCUUGAAUAAAACCAAGAUUGUUGACCCGCCGCAGGACCUGCGUGUUGUUCGUGGAAAUGAUUUAGUAUUGCAGUGCAAAUAUACAGUGGACCUCCAGUUGAAAUAUCCCACAAUUCAGUGGAAGAAGGAUGGGCACAAGAUCACAGCAUCUGCUAAUGAUGACAAGUACACUGAAUAUCACGACGGCUCCCUGAAGAUCACAGACGUUCAGAUGAUGGACACUGGAAUUUACAGCUGUGAGAUCAGCACUAAACUCGACUCGGCCACGGCCACUGGAUCUGUCACAGUACAGGAUAAACCAGGCUCUCCUCACUCUCUGGAGCUUUCUGAAAAAACAGACCGUAGUGUCACAUUGUCCUGGACACCUGGAGACGAAAACAACAGUCCUGUAUCUGAGUUUGUGAUAGAGAUUAAAAAGGAGCAGUAUGGAGAAGCAGGCCGAUGGGAGGAGUUUGAGCGAGUUCCUCAUGACAUCAAACAUCUUGAGAUCCAUCUGCAGCCAUACUGCACGUAUCACUUUAGAGCCCGAGCCGUUAAUGACAUCGGUACCAGCGAGCCCAGUCCUUCCUCAGAGUCCUACAGCACCCCCGCUGCAAAACCGGACAUGAACCCAGAGAAUGUGACUACUGUUUCGACAGAUCCAGACAGCAUGGUCAUAACAUGGAAGGAACUGGAGCGACGACAGUUUAACGGACCGGGAUUUAAGUACAAGGUCUCCUGGCGUCAGGCUUCAGGCAAAGGUCCACACUGGAGGGAAACCAGCAUCUCCAGCCCUCCAUUCAUCGUCAAUGAGACAGGAACCUUCAUCCCGUUUGAGAUUAAAGUUCAAGCCAUCAAUGAACUCGGUGGAGGACCAGAACCAGUUGCUAAGAUUGGCUUCUCUGGAGAAGACAUACCUCUGGAUGCCCCAUCAGGAGUGUCGGUCAGCGAGCUAAAUAAAACCACUGUCAUUGUUCGAUGGAGUCCAGUCAGCAGGGACUCUGUGCGUGGACACUUACUGGGCUACAAGAUUCAUCUGAGAAGGAAGGGCCUCAGAGUCAGUCACUUAAGAAGACAUCUGGGCAAGCGAGGGCUAGACAGACAGCAAGAUGACGAGAGGAGAGUGAUCAAGGUUUACGGUCAGAAGGAGGAGGAGGUUGUGAGCGGUCUACAGUUUUACUCAGACUACACUGUGACGGUUGCGGCGUUCAACAGCAGAGGAGAGGGGCCGCAUUCACAGCCACAUCACUUCAGCACACCCGAGGGAGCUCCUGGACCGCCGGCACUCUUGACCUUUGACAGUCCGUCAGAGACACAGGUCACUCUGCUCUGGCAAGCUCCACAUAAACCCAAUGGAGUCGUGACAGGUUACCUGCUGCAGUAUCAAGAGAAUGUGGAUGGUAGUAUGAGCCCACAGCAGGUGGAGUCCAUUGAUCUGCCUGCCGUUACUGAGUUCACACUGAGUGGUUUGAACCCUCAGAGCCAAUACUCCUUUUACCUGAGAGCACGCAACACUGCUGGGGAUGGAGAGCCCAUAAAAAUGGAUGGAGCCACCCUGCUGGACGGAGAACCUCCAUCUGUAAUCAACAUAACUACUGGUGAGACAUCAGUCAACCUCAGCUGGGUGCCUGGAGACAGACAUCGUAACGUUCCCUUCAGCUUCCGUUACCUGAAAAAAAGUGCUGGUGGUGUAUGGGAGGAGUCGGAGCAGGUGAACUCCACACAGGCGUUCUAUCAGCUGCAGGGUUUGCAUCCGGGUACAAGCUACCAUCUGCAGAUCCUGACAGGAAACACAUCAUAUUACUGGGACUUCCAGACUAAAGGACCAGAACUGCCGGAACUGCCCAGCGGGUUUGCCACUCAGGGUUGGUUCAUCGGGCUCAUCAGUGCUGUAGUUCUGCUGCUACUUGUCCUGCUCGUUCUGUGCUUCAUCACGAGAAGUAAAGGAGGGAAAUACUCAGUGAAAGAUAAAGAGGAGGGUCAGGCAGAAUCUGGAGCUCGCACAAUGAAAGAUGAUGCGUUUGGAGAAUACAGAUCUCUAGAGAGUGAUAAUGAAGAGAAACGCUCCAUCAGUCAGCCGUCGAUCUGUGGCGAGAGCAAACGCAGCAGUAAAGACAGUCUGGCUGACUAUGGAGACAGCGUCGACAUCCAGUUCAAUGAGGACGGCUCGUUCAUUGGCCAGUACAGCGGAUGCAGAGACCCGCACGUGCACGCCGGUCACGACAGCUCGGGUACAACGUCCCCCAUCAACCCCAACAUGCCUCCUCCCAGCAUCAGCUUCCCCAACUCUGUGACAGGAAUACUGGGGCCGAAUUAACCACUCGUACACACACAUCCAUACACACCUGCCUGAGAAACUGAAUGACAUUACACCGCACUGCCCUCAUGGUAUUAGACAUGAACAAACAUCAUUCACACAUAACACAAAUGCUUGUAACAUUCCACCCGUGCAUUCAUGAAAAACUGUUUACAGCGCUCGCUCACUCGUAUCGCAUAGCUUUCUCUGAGUUUACAGCGAGUGACAUUUGAAUUGUAAAAUCUCCCUGGCCAGAAGUUAUUCCACUAAAUUAUUUUGCUGAAGUUUAUAGAAUACAGUUCGAUAGGCAGCAGACACGGCCAGGGAAAACCGUAAGGAAACAUACUGUACACAAAUCCAGUCUCAUUUUGCAAAUGCAACAACAAAUGACUAAUUACUUCUCUAAUCUGCUGGUUAAUUCACUGAAAAAUUUAUCACAUUACUAAUUACAUUACUUUUAAGUUACUUUCUAAAACUCUUCACAGGAAAGAGUCGGCAUAAUAUUUUUCGCUCAACAUAAUUCAAAUUCAUUUCUGUAUUUCCUCCUCGUCCACUGAUAUUUUCAAGUCCUCCACUCAGCACUUCUUUUUUCUCUCUUACAAUGACUCAUUUUAUUAACAUAAUUCAUGUUUAAAUGUAAUCUACGUACUGUAAAUAAUGUUAAUUUAGAAAUGUGUAAUGUACUUAAGGUAAUUAACUUAAAUGAAAGUCAGUAACUGUAAUCUGAUUUAAAGAAUUUAAAAUGUAAUACUUUUAAAUAAAAGUAAUUAGAUUACAUUAACUAAUUACAUUAUAAUCAGAUUACACCCAACACUGCAUAUGCAUUGUGUCCUGAAUAACGAAAACACUUGAAAUUCAAUCAGAUGGUUCAGAAUGGUAACGUUACCAAAAAGAAAUCACAUUUUAAUGUGGUGUGAAUUGGGUUUGUAAAAAUCAGAUUUCUUUUGUGUUUCCAUUGUACUGUUCAGACUAGACAAAAAAAUAAAACGUGUUUGUGCUGGAUACAUCAAAACUAUGAAUUUUGCUGCAUGUCUAAACAAAGCCUUCGUUUAGAAUAAAUCAGGUAACUGCAGUGUGCCUGUACAGUCACAGGAAACAGUGAUGUUUUGCAGGCUAAAAAGAGGAAAUCAUUUUAUGUUUCAUUUUCACAAGUCAUUUUAUUCUCAUUCUCCUUUCAACAAUGUUUCAAAUUAUUUUUACUACUUUAUAUAUUGUUAUUUUUUACAUUUACUUAUAUUUUUAUAUGAAAUACAUCUAAUAUAUUUUGUUUUAUAUUUAUUUAACUUUUAUAUCAUCAGCAUUUAUUUUUCAUUUCUUAAGUUGACAUGAGUUUGCCUAUACAUUCCUACGCUCUACAUAAUACAGUAUUUACGAAUAUUUAAUUGUUCCAUGUGUGUCUUUCUGUCUAAAUAAUCAAAGAUUAUCUUAAGAUAAGGACUCCUAAUCACAUAUCAUUUGUAUUGUUGCCCAAGUGUGUCACGUUUUUAAAAUAAUGGUUGCUUUUGAUGCAACUCGAUGCGUCAAAGCCAAUAAGUACAUACAGCCGCUGCGAUGAAGCCAAAUGACAUGAUUUUGACUAACAAAUACUGAAAGCAUUUUUAUUUCUAGAAUGAACUCUCUGCAGCAUUAACAGCAUGAUGCAGUGUAGGCUCGCUGAUGUCGUGUACGGUUGUGUCUGUUGUUCUGCUGUAUAUCGCUGAGGCUGAAACCCCGUCGUGAUGCCUUACAGAGUUUGAGAACUCCUGCGCUUGAGUGUCUGUGUCAUCCGCCCCUCAGCUUGCAAAUAAUAUCACUCGAUCAGUGCAAUUAUGCAAAUGUAUUACUAAAAACUCAUAACAGUCAUACAGUGCAUUCACAUAUUUGUCUCAUGUCAUCAGUUGUUCUUUGUAGUGUGGACAUUGUUUGGAAUAAAUGAGUGAAUUUCA